AUGGAUGAUUCAGUCCCAUUCUCUGCUCAGGCAGAGCAUGGCUCCGUCCUGCUCGGGCAGCUAGAGAGGAUGAGGAUGGCCGAGGAGCUCACUGAUGUGGUGCUUGUGGCAGAGGGUGUUUCCUUUCCCUGCCACAGGGUGGUGCUGUCUGCAUUCAGCCCUUACUUCCAGGCCAUGUUUACGUGUGGUCUGAAGGAAACCCGAGGAGGAGAGGUGGCUCUCAGAGACACUCCUGCCAAGAGCCUGGAGCUGCUACUGGGUUACAUGUACCGGGCCGAUCUCCCCCUCUCCAAUGAAAAUAUCCAGGGAGUGGCUUCUGCUGCCUUCCUGCUCCAUGUAGAUGGAGCCUUCAGGUUGUGUCAGAGUCACAUGGAGGCCAGUAUGGACCCCUCCAACUGUGUGGGGCUGUACCACUGGGCCAAGGACCUGGGUGCCACCAGCCUAGCUGACUGUGCCCUGAGAUACCUCUGCCAGCACUUUGCUCAGGUGUGCCGUGAGGAGGAGCUGCUGGAGCUGGAUGCCCACAGUCUGGGGGCUCUGCUAGGAUCAGAUGACCUCAACAUCUCCCAGGAAGAGAGUGUGCUGGAGCUGGUGCUGCACUGGGUGGAGAGGCGCAGAGGAGACAUGCAGAGUGAAGCCCAGGCGGUAGAGUUACUCAGGCGGGUACGACUGGAGCUUGUGGACCCUGGAUUCCUCCGUAAAGCCAGGAGGAGGAACCCGGUGUUGCUGCGAGAUGCUGAGUGUUUUGGGAUGAUUGAUGCAGCUCUCCAGACUUCAGGUCUCUCUGAGACAGCAGCCCCCCCUCGGCCAGCACUCCGUUAUGGCAUGGAGACCACUGACGUGCUGCUCUGCUUGGGUGGGAUAGAUGAGGCAGGGGUGCCCGCUCGCCGAGGGGGACUUGCAGAUCUCAGCUUUUGCUUUGCACCCCAUGGUAAACGGACUCUCUAUAUCCCUUCUCCAUUGAAGGGCUCUGGAGGCAGGGGCCAGAUCACAGCAGGGGCAGUGACACGGGACAACAGUAUAGUGGUGGCCAUAGAGGCAGAGGACCAACACAGGGUGAAGAGGCUGGACAUUUACAGGUAUGACCAGUCAGAGGAGAGCAGCUGGGUGGGGCUGUGCUCAACAGCUUACAGGGACAUGUACGCUUUAGGGAUGCUAGGCGACACCCUAUAUCUAAUAGGUGGUCAGAUGAAAAUGCGCAACCACUACAUCAUCACAGACAGUGUGGAGAGAUGGUCCCUGAAGAGAGGAGGCAGCUGGCUCAGCUUCGCACCCCUGCCUCUCCCCCUAGCCUGCCACACCACUGUCAGUGUGAAAGAGCAUCUCUACGUGAUGGGGGGCUGGACACCACAGGACCAGCCAGACGAUGACCCAGACAAGCUGAGCAACCGAGUUUUUCGGUUUGACGCAGGCAAGGACAGAUGGACAGAGUGUGCCAGGAUGAAGUACUCCAGGUACCGCUGUGGCUUGGGUGUCCUCAAUGGAGAGAUCUACAUACUAGGUGGUAUAGGAUGUGACGGGGAGGACCGCGGCCAGUCUCGUCGCUGUCUGACCUCUGUGGAGAUCUACAACCCAGAGACGGACACCUGGAGGGCAGGACCAAGCCUACCCACACCCCUACUCUCUCUCCGAACCAAUGCCUCCAAUGUUGGAGUAGCAGAGGGCAAGCUUUACCUCUGUGGAUACUAUAAAGGGGCAGGCCGUCAUGAGAUCAUCACCAAGGAGAUUCUGGAGCUGGAUCCGGCAGACAACGUGUGGACGGUGGUAGAGAGACGAGCAGCCAUGCAUGACAGCUAUGACGUCUGUCUGGUGGCCAACCUCAACCCUAGGGACCUCUUCACACCCUAA